GUUCUUGUAUUCAUUAUGGAAGCUAUUAUAUCCCUCUUGCUAGUUGUUGGAGUAGCCACCGGUCAGCCGUUUCCGCCGCCUUCUCCGGCAUGUGACAUACCCGCAAUAUACAAUUUCGGUGAUUCGAACUCCGACACCGGAGGCAUAGCUGCAGCAUUUUAUCCUCCAGGACCACCCUCCGGCGAAACCUUCUUCAAAAGACCCGUUGGACGAGCCAGCGACGGCCGCCUGAUCAUCGACUUCAUCGCGGAGAAACUUGGGUUGCCUUACUUGAGUGCGUAUUUGGAUUCUAUUAAAGCAAAUUACACACAUGGUGCAAACUUCGCAACCGGUGGUGCGACCAUUAGGCGCGUAAAUGAAUCAUGGUUUGAACAUGAUGUUAGCCCGUUUUCGCUCGACAUUCAAGUCGAGCAGUUUAAUCAGUUUAAAGAUCGAACCACUUAUCUUUAUAAUCAAGCCAAGGAUGACUCUCAAAGACAAAAUCUACCUAGACCUAAUGAUUUCAUGAAAGCUAUAUAUACGAUCGAUAUAGGCCAGAACGAUCUCGCAUACGUAUUUAGGACAAUGGGUGUUGAGGCGAGCCGGGCUGCAAUCCCCGACAUUAUCGAACAGUUUGCUAAUUCUAUACGACAAUUGUAUGGAAAAGGAGCAAGGGCGUUUUGGAUACAUAACACCGGGCCCAUAGGGUGCUUGCCCGUAACACAUACAAAAGUUGUUAACCCUGCCGCGGGUUACCUUGAUGAGAUCGGGUGUGUUGCUGGCCAAAACCGUAUAGCAAAUGAGUUCAACGAGAAGCUUAGAGCCAAAGUCGUUCAACUGAGGUCCGAUCUCCCGAAAGCUAUACUGGCGUAUGUAGACAUGUACUCCGCAAAAUACCAACUGAUUAGCAAAGCAAAGGACCUAGGAUUCAAGGAAGGGUUCACAAUAUGUUGUGGGUAUCAUGAUCAAGACAAUGACAUAUAUUGUGGAAACAAAGGAAAGAUCAAUGGUAGUGAAGUGUUUGCGGGAUCAUGUAAAGACCCAACAAAGGUCAUAAGUUGGGAUGGGGUACACUACUCCGAUGCCGCAAAUAGAUGGAUUGCAAAUCAAAUCACUUAUGGGUUAUUUUCCGAUCCACCACUUUCUAUUAUCGAAAUUUGUCCAGAGAACAAGGGUGCAAACAAGCUGAGUCUAGCCUCAAUUCGACUAAACUCGUACCUGACUCCAUUAACUUAGGAGAGCUCGAGUCGAGCACUGUGUGUGUGUUUUAAACUUGAACUCAACUUGUAAAAAAAUUAACAAGCUCAAGCUCGAUUUAUCUCUUAUUUAUUAUACCCCUACCGGAAAACAUAUCAUCGAUGUUACAUAACAUGUAUAAACAAAUGCUAAUACUAAUUUUAAUCUUGUUCUAUUUCA